UUGCACUUUGCAGACUGCAGUUCCUUCCGCAAUUCGCGGUAUUUUGGAAUUAUUUAGUCAAUGAAUUAGGUACUUUUAUAAAAAUAUCGCAAAUACGAAAUGGGUUGGCAAAAAAUACCUUACAAAGCCAAUGAACUGCAACUACUUGGUACAUUGAAUGGAGGUCAAAGCUUCAGAUGGACUUAUAACAGUAAUCUAAAUGAGUGGACUGGUAUUUUUGCAAAAACUUUGUGGAAAUUACAACAAAUAGAUAAUGGAUUGCAAUAUCAAGUUAUUGGUUCUUUAUUAAAUAAGAAGGAAAUAAAUGAAGAAGUAAAGGAAGAUACGUUUACAAAUUUGUUAAGAAAUUAUUUCCGCCUUGACGUUGAUUUGAGCAAGCAUUAUAAAUUAUGGUCGGAAAGGGAUGAACUAUUCAAAACAGCAUGUGUUCAGUUUUAUGGCAUUAGAAUGUUAAAUCAAGAACCAGUCGAAAAUUUGUUCUCUUUUAUAUGUAGUCAAAAUAAUCAUAUAUCCAGGAUAUCAACUAUGGUGGAAAAACUCUGUACACAGUAUGGAGAUAAAAUAUGUGAACUGGAUGGUACAUCUUAUUAUGCUUUUCCAGAAGUUGAAAAGCUGGCACAACCUAAGGUGGAGUCAAAAUUACGUGAAUUGGGCUUUGGAUAUAGAGCAAAGUUCAUACAGAAAUCGGCAGAACAAAUUGUUGACUCAGGGGGUGAAGAUUGGUUUAAAAGUCUGCAAGAAAUGAAGUAUAAAGAUGCCAGAGCUGAACUGAUGAAAUUAUGUGGAAUUGGACCUAAGGUUGCGGACUGUAUUUGCUUAAUGUCAUUAAAUCAUUUAGAAGCAUUGCCAGUGGACACCCAUGUGUAUAAAAUAGCUGCUGAGAAUUAUUUACCACAUUUAAGAGGGAAGAAGAAUGUCACUGAAAAAAUGUAUACAGAGAUUGGUGACCAUUUUAGAAAUCUGUAUGGAGAUAUGGCAGGAUGGGCACAUACAGUAUUAUUUUGUGCUGAUUUAAAGAAAUUUCAAGUAAAAGACAGCAAUGAAAAUGAAAGUGAAGUGCCCAAAAAAAGAAAGAAAAGGUGACAAAUGUGAAAAAUAAAGUAUGUAUAUGCCUUAUACAGAUUUUUAUUAAAGCUCCAUAAAAGAGAAACAUGAAUAACUUUGUUAAACAUUUAAAUGAUUCAGGUUAUCAAUAUUUAU